GUUGGAAAACACGUUUUAAAAACUAAUUUAUGUCUGACAUCAGUCACGCGGAGUUCACGGUGUGUUUUCACGGCACUUUGUGGAAGAUUGUAACAUCGAGCUAUGAAAGCUAAAUGAUGUCAGAACCUCUGGACAAACACACGGACAGGGAUGAUGUACAACAGAGAACAAUCUUUAUUAAUAAUUGGCAAAAGUUCCUGAACAGCUUGUUCCGCCGUCCAACUCCCCGGGGCAACGGCUUCGCUGGACGCCGAGGACAGGAGCUGGCUGGCGGUCAGGAGGGCGCUGUGGCGGCCCCUCGACCCUGCUCCAGCUCCAGGAGGCAACCACGAACUCCCCCUGGCUACCUGUCUUCAUCGCCGGCAGCAAAGACUCCCUCCCCCCGCUAGCAGAGAACCGUGUUGCUCCUCUCCCACGCCAUCCCUCACAGCUGCUUAUUAUAUUCACUUUAUGCUGUUUAAAGUGUUUUAUUGAGCCCUGGGAGGCUGAUAUCAGGACUAACGUGACGAGUACGUCCCGGUGUUUCGGUUUAAGGUGUGACCGUGUUAACUGGUGACCCCUGUUGGGAAACGGACACCUUCAGACAAAGAAACUAAACAAGAGUCAGGAAACAAAUCAGCGUCAUCAUCAAGAACAGGCGGGAAAACGGAGGCAGGACUACAAAAUAAAACAGGAAACACAAAACAAACUCACCUGUCACCUGAAAGAAGAUGGAAAAUCCAACAUUUAAGACGGCCUCGAACAGGACUCUCCUUUUAACAGCCGCACAAGCCCUCGGGCAAGCAUCCUACAGGGCGAAGAAGCCUGAGGAGGCGGAUGCAACGAGCAAUUGCUGGGGGCCACACAAGGGUAGGAUGACCCUCCAGCAGUCGUCAGGGUACUGCUUGCUAACAGUGCUGAGCUGCUGCCUGAGUCCUGGCGUGCAGCUUUCACUGCAGGGCAGCAGGAGUGGAUCGGCCAGGUGCUGUUUACCAGGGACAGCAGUGGGAGGUCUCGGCUCACCGGCGAGCUCAAUCUCUGGUGUUACCCCCCACAAGCCCGGCCGAUCUACAACCAGUCUCCCGCGUCCCCGACCCCUUCUUUGCACGUCGGCUGUUCCUGUGGCUUCUGCCUUUGUGCACAGGGUCCUUGACAAAGGCUGUACAGGACCAUCCGGAGGGUCCUGGACAUCGACGGCUGGUGUCUCAUGGCCACUGAGUACCUGGAGUGCCGUCGAUGUAAGAAGAAGGUCGGCGGGUGGUCACAGGGCAUCAUUAGGCAGCUGCCUCCCACCUACAGCUGCCAAUUCCCCGCUGUACUCACGUACAAGCUGUCCUGUGACCUGAGGGUGGUUGUGCAGCUGAGGUCACGCACACUGGGGAACAGUGCUAACCGGCUGUACAACACCCUGCGGGAGCAACACACUGAUGCCUGGAUGCAGAGAGCGAUCAGGUACCUCGGCGUUUGCAAGCAGUUCCUGGCCUUGGGGGGUUUCCACCACCGCCGCCAGAUGCCCCCUGUUCCAUCACCCGUCUGACUGCUGACAGUCUACGGAUAUGACAUCCUGACGCGGCUAGAUGAAUCCAAGGCCAGGAUCACGUCCACCUUCGGGUCCAUCCUGAAGAUGGACUCCACCAAGAAGGCGAGUAAAGUUUUUCUCUCU